AUGGCGCCACAAGCUGUCACCACACGACAGUCCAUAUCCUCAGGGCUUCGGACAUUGUCCCUAGCUUCCGGAUCAGCCAUACCUUCCAGUCUGGCCACCGCCGUUAGUGUCGAGCCGCAGCACGGCUUGACUCCCCUAGCAAGGACACUGUUCAUUCUUUUUGGAGUGCUGGGCUUCGUCACGAUCCUCCUCGCAAUCGGUGUAACCUUGAUUAUGCGAUCGAACAGAAGGCGCGCACAAGCAGCCCGACAACAAGCCGCUGGAAGCCCCAUCAAAGACAUCGAAGAAUACGAUGGCUACGGAAACAUAACCCGCGUAUCCGCCAACAGCUCAAUCAAAAACUUCCUAACCGAGCCCGAAAAAGCCAUUGUAAACCGCGCCGCUACGCCAGACGGAGAACCAGACGCAAGCACAAAACCCUCCAACGCCCUCACCGAAGCCAUCAACUCUUUCAUAACCAAGUCGCGACGCCUGACAUACAAAAUAUCGCCCUGA